AUGCUUCAUUUUUGUGCCUUUCAGGAUUUUGGAAGUGAUGAAGACCGCAAAAAUAACCAAUGCCUCAACGAGAGCUUCUUCAUGGUCAAAGGCGCUGCCCUCUUCCUCCAGCAGGGCGGCAGCUCAGACGCACCCAGCACCCCCACCCACCACAAACAUGCGGGUGACUUACCUCAACACUUACAGGUCAUGUUUAAGAUCCUGCGCUCUGAAGAUCGUAUAAAGCUAGCUGUGCGGCUGGAAAGCGGCUGGUCGGAGCGAGUUCGAUACAUGGUGGUGAUCUACACCAGUGGCCAUCAGGAUACGGAGGAGAACAUCCUCCUGGGAAUGGAUUUCACUAACAAAGACAGGAAAAGCUGCUCCAUCGGGAUGGUGCUGCCCCUGUGGAGCGACACCAACAUCCACUUAGAUGGCGAUGGAGGCUUCAGUGUGAACACAGCGGGGCGCUCACAUGUCUUCAAGCCUGUGUCAGUGCAGGCCAUGUGGUCUGCCCUGCAGGUGCUCCACAAGGCAUGCGAGGUGUCGCGCCGCUUGAACUACUUCCCGGGUGGCAUCGCUCUCACAUGGAUGGCCUUCUACGAGAGCUGCGUGGCGUCAGAGCAGAGCUGCAUCAACGAGUGGAACGCUAUGACUGACCUGGAGACCACCCGGCCAGAUUCCCCCACCAUGUUUGUGGACCGGCCGACUGAAAGGGAGCAAACUGAGUGUCUCAUUAAAGCCAAGCUACGCAGCAUCAUGAUGUUUCAAGACUUGGAUAACAUCACUUCCAAGGAGAUCCGCACGGAGCUGGAGAAGCACAUGAGUUGUAACCUGACCGAAUACAAGGAGUUCAUUGAUAACGAGAUGCUGCUGAUCCUGGGACAGAUGGACAAGGCUACACUCAUCUUUGACCAUGUCUAUUUGGGCUCGGAAUGGAACGCUUCCAACCUAGAAGAACUGCGUGAUUGUGGAGUGGGCUAUAUUCUAAACGUGACCAGAGAGAUUGACAACUUCUUCCCAGGGAUGUUCUCCUAUCACAAUGUCCGCGUUUACGACGAGGACGACACCGACCUGCUGGCCCACUGGAACGACACCUACAACUUCAUUGUCAAAGCCAGGAAGAACAGUUCCAAGUGCCUGGUGCACUGUAAGAUGGGCGUGAGCCGCUCCGCUUCCACUGUUAUCGCCUACGCUAUGAAGGAGUACGGCUGGCCCCUGGAGAAAGCGUACAACUUUGUCAAGCAGAAACGAGGCGUCGCUCAGCCCAACGCCGCUUUCAUGAGGCAGCUGGCGGAAUAUGAGGGAAUUUUGGACGCGAGUAAGCAGCGGCACAACAAGCUAUGGAGGCCAGGAAGCGAUGAGGACGGCUCAGACGAGCGUCCGUCUUCCAGCCAGUGUUCGGGCCAGGAGGGAGAGGAGGAAGCCUGGGGGGGCUGUGAGGCGUCUCCCUGCAGAGGUCUGGAGAUGGAACCCCUGGACUCCCUCAACUACAACUACUACUUCAGACGCCUGUCGGACUCGGCCUUAGACAGCGAGCCCUCCACCCCAGUGCGGGGCCCGCCUCUCCUCGGCAUGGAGAGGGUCUUCAUCGAGAUCGAAGACGUGGAGCGAGACGCCCUCCUGGAGGACGAGGGCUUCCCCAUGGCUCAUUUGGCGUUGCCGGGCGAGGGCACGGCCGCGCAGACGUGCGGGCGCCUCGACCCCCUGGAGGACAUGAGGCUGAGGCUGGAGUUCAGCACGCUGGAGGAGGAGGACGAAGAAGAGGCCAAGAAGGAGGAGGCGGAAAUGGCCGCCCUCGCUCAAGCCUCCGCUCAUUCCGAGGGGAAGAGAGCCGGGGAAGAAAGUCGGUUAGGCUUCGCCAACUUGAACACCAACAACAGCAACCGGCUAGCUGCCAAGCGCAGCUGCCCGGCUGCCUUUGACGACAGCGCGAGCACAGGCAACCCUUUAAAAGUCAAACCCUCCUACCAGUCCUGUAAAGACUGCCUUCGUCUACCACAAGGCCGGCGCUGCGAGCGUCCGGCGGGGGGGCGAUCCCACCGCCUCAACCCGUCUCGCCACUGCACCCUCCCCACCAUCUGCAUAGACCCUCCUGGAACCAUUUUCACUUCCAGUCCACUUGUCUCCAGCAGCCACUUUUACCGCUGUUCCCCCACCACCGUCCCGCUGGACAACCGUCAGAAAGUGGUGUCGCCCAUGAGCUGCCAAGACCCGACACACGUGUCAGUAGAGACUAUGGAUGAAGCCGAGGUGGAGGGACAUACUGGAAAUCCAGCAGAAAUCCAUUGAGGCGACCAAAUAUCGCAUGGAACUGGAGAAUCUGCCAAAUUGGACACAAAGGGAUCGGCUGCUGCCUCGACUGAGUAGCCUGAGCACGGGCAACAGAGCGGACUGUCCUGGCUUUGAAGCUGCAGGAGCUCUUUAAGGAGCACCGAGUCAGACUGGGACCAAAAGUCCUUCUGGAAACUGAGGAUCUUGAGGAUUAUUACAAACAGGAUGGAUGCUGGGAUCCCAGGUUUGUGCAAUGCAACGUCAAAUACCUAAAAUCAGUGUUCCUUGCUGUAUAUUCCACAAUUCAGCUCACUAACAGAAGAAACUUGAUGGUUGGAUCGCCAAGACAGGAGUAUUUCACAUUAAAAGCAUUGCAUCGUUCACAGGAUUUGAGACUGUGACCACACUUGUAGAAAGGACGGAUACUUUUGUACACUGCAAAAACUGAAGUCUAACCAAGAUUGGAUCCAUGAAAUGAAGCUAAAAAAGGUUUUAUUUAUUUUGACCAGGUGCUUAUUAGCCCAGCACAGUAAUAGUGGUGAGGACCAAACUGCUCAUUCAGCAUUAACCAGACCCUUUGCCAAGUCUAACCAAUCCCCGCAAUGCGGUAUAAAAAUGAUAUAUUAUAGCAGGGGUGUCCAAAGUGCGGCCCGAAGGUAAUUUUUUAGCGGCCCCACGGCACAUUCUAAAAAUAUGAUGAAAAAAAAAAAAAAAAGUGGUAUAAAAGAGCAAACAGGUGAAAUGUAACAAGAAAAUGUUGCAUUAUUUACUCUAAUAACACAAAGCUGCCAUGCAGGCUGUUUUAUUUCUUUAAAAAAUAAUAAUGAAUCAAAAUCAAUGUCAUUAUGAAUUAUUGACCAUUUCAAGGCUCCAUUUACUUCACAUUAAAUAUUCCACUUUGAGAUAUUUUUUGGGGAAAAUGUUGUAUAUUUUUUGGUUGCCAUUUAAAAAACAAAGUUUUUUAAAGAAGGGCCUAAAAAGAACAAACAAAAAACAUAAACAACAAUAAAACUUAUAAUUGACGGAUAGAUCUGGGGCCGUACUUAUCAAGCUUCUUAGAAUGACUCCUAAGAAGUCUGCUAAGAGUUGACUAAAGAGUAAAUAAAUUCCUCGCUGAAAGCUGCACUUAAAAGUUAGUUAUCAAGCGUCUUACUCACACUUUCAGCGAAGUGUAGGACUGAAUCUUAAGUGUCACACUCAGAGCUGAAUUACGACAUUACUAUUUGCCGUAAACGGAAUUUUAGGUGACGUCAUUUCUGUGUCCAUAGAAAUGACCAAUCACGG